CAAAUCAGUUGGUAUUCGUUCCUUGCAACGUAGGUAAGCAUUGGAUUCUGACAAUCAUUGAUUUUGAGAAAGAUCGUGUGUUUUUGAUGGACCCAAUUUCUCAUCGGAAUCGCGAUACGACAUGGAAAUCCAUCGUUGACACUGCGAUGAACCUUGUUAAUGCACGCAAGGGAAAAAAAUUCAAGAAAUCGGCAAGUUGGGAUGUAGUUAAGGGACCUAUCCAGCCUGAUUCGAACCAAUGUGGAUUUUAUGUCAUGAAGUUCAUGAAAGAUGUCAUCGCACACUAUAGCCUUGAUGCCCCCACGUCUCUGUCAUCAAUGUUUAAGAAUGUGAAGACGUAUACUCUAGCUGAAAUCGAUGAAAUUCGUGAGGAAUGGGCAACGUGUGUGAUAAAGCACGCCUUUGAUUGAUCUUUAGGUGGAUAUUCAGUCCGUGUUUUGAAGAAGCAACGAUUUCAAUGAUUUUCUUGUAAAUUAGUCAAUAUGUCUACAUAUAUGGCAGCGUUUUGUUAUUUAUGUAGAACAUAUAUGACAAGACUUGUUUGGAUGGUUAUAUGUAGCACUUACAUCUUUGGAUGCUAUGUUAUCUAUGCUAAUAUUAUUUUGUUAA